AAAUAUCAAGUUGAAAACUUCGCUAAGAUGUCUUAUUUACUUACUGAAAUUGCCCUCGAAAUGCUGGGCUAUAAGUUUUACGAUACGAAUGGCGUAUUUCAUUUGAUCAACUUUCAACAAUCGAUGACAGCAGCGCAAACCGAUUUGCAGGCGCACCCAGAGGAGCCAUCGUUAAUGGAGUACAUUGAACAGCAAUCGGACCCUGAAACCGACAAGAACGGGCAUGACCAGCCACAGCCACCAACUGUUCCCUCAACGAUUAGUCUGCGCGGCACACCUGUCCGUGCGCUGGCCAAAAUGAUGGAGUACGAGAGCGACAAAUUGCAGAAUGGACAGGAACAGCAGCAGAAACAGCAGCAGCAGUCAAACCGUUUGAAUAGUCCAGCUGAACCUGAAUCGUCAAUUGUGCUACCAAAAACGUCAAACAGUUUACGUCGUACGCCGGCCAGGGCACUGACUAAAAUCAUGGACUAUGAGAACUUUAAUAUACGCAAUCAAAUAAUACGGCGUAUGGAAAAAGUGCUCAAGAAGGAAGCGCACAUUCCAAAUGAAGUGGCGCUGCAGGAUUGCCUCAAUGCAGAGUUGACGAAAAUAGUCAAGGAUGCUGAUGAUAUGCAUGAGUUUCGAAAAUUUUUGGAGGAGCGCCUUAGACGCAUUGACUCGCGUCCUUAUGAGACUUACAUGCGAACGUUUGGUGUAGAAUAGGUUCACGUUAAAUCGGUAAAGUUAGUGUUUAUGUUAAGGGUUAUAUCAUUAAAACGUAAAAAUAGAAAGUAUAGUCCAAUUGAAGAAAGUCCUCUGCUCCUUGUUUACGAAUUGCAAUUUAGGGUAGCAUAA